AUGCUGGACUUCAUGGACUAUGUCCAGCAUGCCUUUCACCAAACUUCGCGCUGGAACGUCGACAACAGCUAUGCCUCCCUAACGACCACCUCGAACAACUUACUCGACUUUCGCAUACCACGAGGCAUAAGACUGCACGUAUCCUCCUUAUCAGCUCCCAACUUCGCAACAAGCUAUGUCCUGGGCACCCAAGGUGUCGUCGACGGAUCACUCAGCUUCCUGUACACAAGUCUCCCGAUCCAAGUCGCGAGUCGGAGCAGCGAUAUAUACCUCACAAGCCUAGCUCGAGGAUACAGACAUCUCCGAGAGCUGCGGAAACCGGAGCAGAAGGAGCAGAGACAGAUCGUGGAUAAGGGCGAACACGUCCAGCGCAACAAGGAUGCAUUGCUGUACGGCAGGCUGUAUCUGCCGUCGAGCACGCUGGAAGCAUUAUAUCUCCGACGACUAUCCCCAGCACGACUGCUGAGCUUACGGUGCGUCUCUGAUGCCACCUUGCCCAGUGGAGGCACGAUCCUGGCAACACUGCAGAACGACUUUGGCAAGUACAGUACAGAGUACCUCUACUCCACAGACUCUGCUCUCGUCGGCUUUCGCGGUCUGUACAACUUCGGCUACGACCCACGAUAUCCCGAUCAACAGCCAUCCUCACGCCCGCCAGCUCAUCCUUGGGAUCAUCAAAGCGGACGGCUCAGUGCCGGCGCAGAGGCAUACUUCAGCCCGCUCAACAAGAGCGGUGGUAUCAGCACUGGUUUGAGGUUCACAACUUUAUCCACCCAUACUGGCUUCCCAUACACCAUGGCACUGACUGUCAAUCCGCUCAUGGGAAAUCUGAGCUCCACCUACGCAGUCAAAGCAGGUCCCAAUGUAGCACUCUGCUCCCGCUUCGACUUCAACGUGUACAGCUACGAAAGUGACGUGGUGGUGGGGCUCGAGCUCUGGCAACGACAGCAGAGUCCCGUAAAGGUGGCAUGGGCAGCGGACCGGCUCCGGCAUGGAUGGCCGAGAAGCGGCGCAAAUGUCAAUGGCGUGUUGAAAGCGCGCAUGGACAAUCAUGGAAAGGUCGGGCUACUGUGGGAGUGCAGGGCGAAGGAGCUGCUGUUGAGUCUAGGUGCAGGCUUUGAUUUGAAACAGAGGGAGAGGAUGGUUGGGAGUGUGGGAGUUGAGGUUAGCUAUUCGAGUUAG